AUGUCCACCUGUGCAUCCCCACAAUGUGGUAAGACUACCGAAUCGGUACUCAAAUGUCCCGUCUGUCUUAAAUGCGGCGAAAACCAAGUGUUUUGCAACCAGUUGUGCUUCAAAUCGGCCUGGCCAACACACAAAUCCAUCCACGCCGCUGAAGAUGGCCAAACCUAUGAUCCGUUCCCCAAUUUUGACUACAGUGGAAAGCUCCGGGCUGCGUAUCCUUUGAGUAAAAAAAGAGCAGUUCCUCUGCAAAUAGUGCGUCCAGAUUAUGCUCAGGAUGGCAAACCGAUGAGUGAGAUCAAGAAUGACAGAACCGGAAAAAUCACCAUUUUGACCGAAAGCGAGAUCAAAACCAUGAAGAAGGUGGCCCUCACAUCCCGUAAGAUCUUGGAUGCUGUAGCUAAACAUAUUGCACCUGGAAUCACCACCGAUGAGCUCGAUAGAAUCCUCCACAAGGAAUGUAUCGGCUACAACGCUUACCCAUCGCCUUUGAACUACUACACGUUCCCAAAAUCGUUGUGCACAUCUGUCAAUGAGAUCAUUUGUCAUGGAAUUCCCGACCAGACAGUAUUGCAAGAUGGUGACAUCGUCAACUUGGAUGUGACCAUCUACCUUAAAGGCUUUCACUCCGACUUGAAUGAGACAUACUACGUAGGCGACAAGGCCAAGGCUGAUCCCGACACCGUGCGUCUUGUUGAAACCACACGUGAGUGUUUGGACUUGGCCAUUGCUCAGGUUAAGCCUGGCUUGGUGUUCAGAAACCUCGGAGCAGUCAUCGAAGAGCACGCCACUAAGAACGGAUGUUCGGUGGUCAGAUCCUACUGUGGCCACGGUAUCAACCAGCUAUUCCAUUGUCAGCCCAACAUUCCUCAUUACGCUCGUAAUAAAGCCAUUGGUGUAGCCAAACCCGGUAUGGUUUUCACCAUCGAGCCCAUGCUUUGUUUGGGCUCAUAUCAGGAUAUCACAUGGCCAGACAACUGGACCGCUGCCACGAGGGACGGUAAGUACUCUGCUCAGUUCGAGCACAUGUUGUUGGUGACCGAAACCGGGUGCGAGGUGUUGACCGCCAGACUCGAUAGUUCCCCUGGCGGGCCUGUGAAGAGAAUUGAGUAA